GAGCUGCAUGGCCUAACUAUUUAGGCAGCAUAACUUUAUUAGCUUUUCGACUGAACUAAUUUUAAUUCUUAUAAUUAUCUUCAAAUGCAUAUUCUUAAUCAUCAAAUAAUCUAUUUCAUAUUAUGCCCAUUAUACAUAUUUUACGACAGCAAAUGUGCAGUUUUAGAUGCUAGUUCAAUUCGAGAUGAAAUUGUGGAAACAUUAUUCGCUAAUUAUCAGAGUCAUGUUCGCCCUGGAGAGCUUAUUCGUAACACAACAGUGGUAACAGUUUAUAUAUCUGUAUCAGCUAUAACGUCUGUGGAUGUACGUAAUAUGGAAUACACUAUUGAUAUGUUACUUCGUCAAGCAUGGUAUGAUCCUAGACUAGCUUGGGAUCAAAUUGAGAAAUUCAAACAUUAUACAAAAAACAUUGUUUCUCCAGUUUUCAAAGAAAAAAUAUGGCUACCAGACUUGUUCUUUCGAAAUGGUAAGGAAGGCCGAUUACAUAAAAUGACUUGUGAGAACUUACUAAUACGCAUACAACCGAAUGGUGAAAUAUUGUACAGUCAGAAGAUCACCAUGCGAAUGGCCUGUCAGAUGGAAUUACGGACAUUCCCUAUGGAUACACAGGAGUGCGAUAUGAAUAUUGGAAGUUAUGGAUAUACAUUAGAGCAAGUGAGCUUUGUGUGGAGAAACAUAUCACCUGUCACAUUACCGGAGAAUUUGCAGAUAUCGGAGUUUGACCCACCUGAAGUGGUCAGAGCUUAUGACUGCACAAGCGGAUACUCCACAUCAACUGGACAAUACACAUGUUUAAACGCUACUUUUACGCUACAACGGCAGUUAGGUUACUGGUUGGCAAGUACCUAUAUACCGAAUAUUCUCAUAAUGGUUGUUUCAUGGCUAAACUUUUGGGUUAGUUUAGAGGCGAUUCCAGCCAGAGUAAAUUUAAGUUUGUUAACGUUACUUGGUGUGAUAACUCAGUCGACCAGUUACGCAAGUUCCCUUCCAAGGGUAUCGUAUAUUAAAGCAAUUGAUAUUUGGACAAUAGCAUGCAUAACGUUUAAUUCUGGAGUAUUACUUGAAUUUGCGAUCGCUUCUCAUCUUGCUAGGCGUCAAAAAGUAUCUGAAUGGCAGGUAGAAGUUCGGAAGCUAGUUAGACGUGAACUAGCGAGGUGGUGUUCUGCUUGCCAAUUACAAUAUGCACAAAGGGGACCAUCUGCGCUCUCAGCAUACUCAGCUUCAAGCAGAUCAAAUGAGAAAGUUGGUGAAUACAUCAACUCGGUAGCUGCUGCUGCUUUCGCCAUUCAGAAUAGCCCUGUACUAGAAAGACCAAGUCCUCAAAUGUCUGUUCGCUUAACAAAGUCAGGUUUAAUGUCAAUGGCUAAUAUUAAGUCUGGAAAACCAGAUAAAGUUUCAAAGGGUGUUUUUUACGAAUUAGUUACCAAUGAUUCUGCACUUACAGCUUUAGAUACAACACAAAAGGAUGCCCUUUUACCAACAAAUGAACCACAACGCGUUAAAAAACCAGCGUCAAUGUCGAAAAUAGAUAGUUAUAGUCGAUUCGUUUUUCCAGCAUGCUUUUUACUUUACAAUUGUUUUUAUUGGCUUUAUUAUUUAGUGAUUGUUAAGCAUAAAUAGAAAGAUAAAUAAUGAAUGAAAACUGUUUUCCAUACCUCAUAAAUCAUUCCUUCAUUGUGCUAAUAUUUUGAUGAACAAGAAUUUUUAUGUACUCCUCUUAAUAAAUCUUUGCUCAAUUAGAUCUCCAUCGUGUCAACGGAAAGCAGUGUUUUAUCUGAAUGUAGUGGACCACACAUUACUACCGUGACAAAAAUUCGAUGGUAAUUCGGUAUGUCAUUAUUUCUAAUUAUUUUAAAUUUAGACAGUGAAACGAGACAGAAAUGCUCUUUUUACCAUAACGUGAUUUGUCUAGUGUUCGAAAACUUGGACCUUGAAUCACUUAUCUCCAGAAACCUACUCUUGAACCCCGAAACGAAAAAACAAAACAGCGGAAUUAUGGAAGAAGUUUUACUUUCAAGGUUAGUUUAUAUACAUAAUAUAUGGGUGUUUAUAAUGUUACGUGGCCUUGGUAUUCUAGAGGCUUCUGGAAAACAAGAUAAAAUUGGUAAUUAACUAAACGGAGGAAAACAAUACAACUUGUCGUUUUUCAAAGUUCUAGUGGUAAUUUUUAAGGAAUGUUGAUAGAUGGAAGUAUUUUCAGCAUUUUUCCAGUCUCUAAAGACAAUUUCGAGAGCUCCUAACCUGAAGGAAGCUGUCAGAUAAAUCUGAUAUUUUGGACACUUAUUUCUACAUUUCGGAAUUCUUAACACAAAAUAAUGCACUUAACCGGGGAGUGGGUAUUUAUUUCACAGAGAAAUCAUAGAUAUUUCAAUACGUAUUUGUAAGAUGACUUUUAGUAAAUAACCUAACCCACCUUACUAGAUUAAC